UGUACACGCGUGUGUGGGGCCAUAAAUCAGCAUCUAGCAACAAGCACGGCACAGACCUCUGUGUAUGUUGUUAUUUCGGAUUGUUCUUGUUUGACAUUUACUGUUCUGUGCCCUUGUACAGUAGGGUGUGAAUGACUGUGUGCAGGUCUGAUGCUUUACUAAAGAAGAAGAUACUUUGCAAUUUCCACAGCAAAUGGGCACAGUAGGGACCAAUUUCCUGCACUUCAGACCUGCUGAUUUAGCCAAUACUGUGAGUUAAGUGGCUGGUUUAGAUUUCUAGAAGGAUCACAGGGUAGUAUAAAAACAGUGCAUCUCUGGGGCCACUUUACUUUGCUAAGUCUUAGGGCAGCUGGUUCGAGCAUGGGGAAUACAAACUCAAAAAGCAGCAACAGAAACGAUACAGCCCCAGCUCGUCCCGAGCUGUCUUUCUGUGGUUCUUUUUCAAGGAAAUGGAACGAGAAUGUUUUUUUGGACAAUGAGCUCUUGACGUCCAAGAUCUUGUCUGCUCUCCGUCCCCAGUCCGAGCGGGGUUUGAGAGCAGGCGAUCUGCAAUGCACCGCUCGCUUUCUGAGCGCUGAUUCCAUUUUUGCUUCUCUCGCAGCCUCUCUGAAGGAGCAACCCCGGAGCAUUCUCGCGGGACCGGAUGGCACCCAGGCUCUGCCGCGCAAUCUCGGCAUGACUGUCGCCCAGAGAGGAAAUUCUCAGGCUUCGCUGAAUCCUGCUAGUGCUGUUAGUAAAUUUGGACUAAAUACAGGAGAAAUGGAUGAAGGGGAUUCUGGAUUUUUAAAAUUCAGGCAGACCUCAUCAGAUGAUGUUGUCUCACUUGCAUCUUCGACAGCAGACUCCAUUUUUCUGGAAGAUGCAGUUUCUCUCUCUCUGCGAAAUGAGAUAGAAACAGAUGCUCGUGAGUUUGAGGCAGAAUCGUGGAGUGUCGCAGUGGAACAGUCUUAUGCGAGGAAGCAAAGGAAAGAAGUUAUCAAAAGGCAAGAUGUCAUUUAUGAGCUGAUGCAGACUGAAAUGCACCAUGUCCGAACACUGAAAAUCAUGCUGAAGGUGUAUUCGAAAGCACUGAGAGAGGAGCUGCAGUUCACUAACAUCGCUGUCAACAAAAUCUUCCCAUGUGUGGAUGAGUUGCUGGAGCUGCAUGGACAAUUCCUGGCUCAGUUAAAAGAGCGACAGAGAGAGUCCUUGGAAGAAGGCAGUGACCAUAACUACAUUAUCCAGAAUAUUGGAGACCUUCUUGUGCAGCAGUUUUCAGGUGAAAUUGGGGAGAGAAUGAAAGAAAAAUACGGAGUGUUCUGUGGUGGUCAUAAUGAAGCUGUCAGUUAUUAUAAGGAGCUGCUGCAGAGCAACAAGAAAUUUCAGAACUUAAUGAAGAAAAUAGGCAAUUCACCCAUUGUGAGGCGACUUGGUGUCCAGGAGUGCAUCCUCCUAGUCACUCAGCGCAUUACCAAGUACCCAGUGCUGGUGGAGCGCAUUAUUCAGAACACGGAAGCUGGCACUAAAGAUUAUGAAGAGCUGACCCAGGCGCUCAGUCUCAUUAAAGAGACAAUCACUCAUGUAGAUGCCAAGGUAAAUGAGUGUGAGAAGGGACAACGUCUGAGAGAAAUUAUGCAGAAAAUGGAGGUCAAGUCAUCCGGGAAGUACAGGAAUGGGCUGUUUUUCCGGAAGGAUGAUAUGGGGCGGCGGCAGCUCCUGUUGGAUGGGACGCUGUACUGGAAAGCUGCGUCGGGACGUCUCAAAGAUAUCCUGGCUGUCCUGUUAACUGAUGUACUUUUGCUGCUGCAAGAAAAGGACCAAAAAUAUACUUUUGCAUCUGUGGACUCUAAGCCACCAGUUAUUUCAUUGCAGAAGUUGAUUGUCAGAGAGGUAGCUAAUGAGGAGAAAGCCAUGUUCUUAAUUAGCGCCUCGAUGAAAGGGCCAGAAAUGUAUGAAAUUCAUACCAGCUCCAAAGAAGAGAGAAAUUCUUGGAUGGCUCACAUUCGCAGAGCUGUGGAAAGCUGCCCUUAUGAAGAGGAAGGAACGCUGAAUGACACUGAAGAGGAAAGGAGACUGGCGGAAGCACGAGCAGCUAAAUUGAAGGAAUUUCAAGAACGUCUGAGCACGAAAGAUGAUCUGAUUAUGCAAAGACUGAUUGAAAAACAACAGAUUUAUCUAGAAAUGUUUGAAACGAAUGGGUUUGAAGACCUUUCUCCAGGGGUCGGAUCCAGACUCCUUCUGAAGGGCACGGAUAGCUCAGAGAAUCUGCAAGGAGAAGUGAUCCUAAAAUCUGCAGUGACAGAAGCUGAGAACCUCCAGAACCUGAUCGUCGCUUACUUUGGCAAUGCAGCCUGUCAUCCUGAAGACAGCUGUGGGACUGGGCUCCCCAGGAGAGCAGAGACCUUUGGGGGCUAUGAUAGCAGCCCCUCUGUUCCAAGCAAAAACGGCAGUUUCAGGAAGAAGGUCAGUGGCAGUGACCAGAGGCUGUGGGAACGGAAAGGACUUCCGUUGAGUUCCAGCGUGCAGCUCCAAGAUCCUCCCGCUGAUGCAGAAGAAGGAUCUCACACAGAUGAGAUAACAAGACUGGAGUAUAGUAGCGGUUUCCAGCCCACCCUGGAGUCUGAGCUUGUCCAAAGGAUACAAAACCUCUUACAGUUGCUCCUCAGACUUCAGGCAGUGAUAUCCCAGCAGGACAGCUGCAUUGAAAUGCAGCGUGCCACCCUCCUGGAUCGGGAGAAGCAGUACCGGCUGCAGUCGACACGUGGAAACCUGCUUCUAGAGCAAGAAAAGCAGCGCAACUUCGAGAAACAGAAGGAAGAAAUGGCAAACGUGCAGAAGCUGCAAAACCAGCUGAAGCAGGAGCAGCAGCGCUGGGAGCGGAAGAGGGACUGGCAGCAGAAGGAAUUUGAGAAGACGGAGGCACAGCUGCAGGAGCGCGAGGAGGAAACCCGGCAGCUGAAGGAUCGCUUGAGCCAGGAUCGGGAGGAGCUGGAGAGACAACGGGAGGCCUAUCAGCACGACCUGGAGAGGCUGCGGGAAGCACAGAGAGCGGUCGAGAAAGAGAGAGAACGUCUAGAGCAGCAAAAGAAGCUAAAGAAGCAGAAUACGGUGUCAGGCACGUUCUCUCCAGACCUGGGACAGGGCCAAAUGCUGAGCCAUUCCGCCAGCUUCAAUGGAGAAGGGAUAGAAGUUUCGGUGCCGCACCUGAAAACCUCUGGGAGGGCCAGCGUCUCGGGAAUGGAUUAUCUGGAGCGGCCAGAGCUGGUUCGCAGGGACAGCACCACCCUGGAGAAUCGCCUGGUUCCUGCAAUGAAAAACGAAGUGCCAAUACACCUCCUGAGCGCAACCAAUCAGAUACAGAAGCAGGCUGCGGUUCAGCAACAAAUCCCCACCAAGCUUGCCGCUUUCUCAAAAGGAAGCAAAGAAAAGGGUGGGAAAAGCAAAGCAUCUCACAGGAUGGACAGCUCAGCAUCUGUUGACCUGAAACAGCUGCUUCCACAGAAGCUUGUGGGGAAAGACGAGAGCGUGCUGAGGAGCAGACGGUCAGGGAGCCCGAUCCUUCUGAACAACCAGGGCGCCACGUUCCCGCUGGAGUUGUGCGGGCCCGCAGACACCCAGCCAGAAACCCUCCCGUCCGCGUCGUCGAACCCGCUCAAGCCCAACAGCAUUCACGUCCAGACUGUGGUGGCCUCUCCACCAGUCCUGAUAACUCCUCAAGAGGACGCCAGCAAAGAAGAUGUGAUUUUUUUCUAGCUGUUUCCACUUUGUGAAGGACCUCCUGCCAUACAGCCUUUGAACUCGAAUCCGGCAUUAACGUGGCAGAGCCCCGUGGGGCUGGUGGUUGUCCGUCUGCCCUGCCCCUUCGCACCAUCAGGGACUGGAGCGGGGCUUCAGUGUUGCUUGGUUGGCUUCUUUCCUGACAGCUGCAAACGAGGGCACUGCCACAGCACAAACGAGCUUUCAACUGUUCCCAGGCAUGGGAGUGUCCUGUCUCGUACCUGGCUUAGGUGUAUCCGUUCAGAGCCUAUUAAAAUGUUGCCAUCCGCUGUACUUUGCUCUCUGAGUCUGCCCGAGCUGCUGGUGAUCACGUCUUGCAGAGUCAGCGAGCCGGAGGGGGUGCUGCCCCCCACCCCAGUUUCUAUGUACAGUUUUAACGAGAGGCCAUCAAAUGGCCGUGACAUGUUGAGACCUCUCUUUCCAGAGCAGUGAACAGUGGCACAGGUGAAGGGUAGCUGGACAGCAAGCCCGUCUUCUGGCAGGCAGCAAGGCUGGGGACCUGCCCCCUCGCGUGACAAGAGGCGGCUGCACGUGGUAGCGAGUUCAGCAGGUGGGUGCUUCCUGCACGGGCAGGGUGAGGGGGGCUGUAAACCUUUUAGCAUUCAGAGUCCAAGGGCAAGACCUCCACGCCACGGUGGAAGGGACAGGCUGGACUUGUACAAACUCUGCUGUGGUCAGGAGGAGCCGGGCUAGAGAUGUUUCCCUGGCCAGCGCUUUGCACUGGAUGGGGUCCACCUCCUGUACGACACGUCAGGUGCAGACCUCUCGAGUGGUGAGUACGGUGCAGAUUCCCAAAGCCAAAACCACAUGCUGGUUUGAACUGAACUUUGAGCCUGGGAUCGCAUCUCUCCCAGAGGUGUGAACUGAGGCAGGUUCGGCGCAAAGUUGGUUAAGUCCUGCCUGGCCCCUUGUUUCCUGUACCUUCUGCCUGCCUGCCAGCAACCUGGGACGUCACGCCGAGCAGUGGAGCGUCAUGAAGCUGCUGUCCCAGCUGGGAGUGCUCUGCAGCCCUCGAAUGAGGGGGAAGAGGAGCGUCUGGAGUAAUGUACUGGUAACCGAAGCACUGCACAGCUGCGUUGGCUUCCAGCGGACGGGGCGGUGUCGAGCCGGUUGUGGCGCGGAGAUGAGAUGAACACGGUUCUGUUCAAGCAGCAGCGCACGUUUCCGUGGCAGUGCACGACUCUGCCUGGUACUCGAUUGUGCGCUACGCCUCAUCAGCACGCCUCCUGGGCCGAGGAGCAGUGACUGCAGUCGAAAUGCCCCAAAGGGAUCGUUCGGGGGACAGCGACAGGGGGGAAAACCAGUCUCUCCAGCCUAACACCAGGAGGAAAUGCCUUGCUUUUGUCUUGUGUGAUUAGCAUAUGCCUUCUUUGUAAACACGUCAAAGCAGCAGGAACGCAGGGCUGUGGUGGGGGCUGCUCCUUGUCAGUAUUGUGCAGAAAUGUUUCCUCCAAAUCGGAGGUUUGGGGGAGUUUUAGCCUAGAGCUAGGCUGGAUGAGUGGGAUGCAGCUCGCCCCUGGUCCUGGCCUGGGACGGGGGUGGGGUUGGGCUUUUUAAACCAACCUUGUGAAGUGGCUCCUCUGAUCUGUGUCAUCCUUGUACUGCGGGAGAAGAAUAGGUCAAGGGGUGUCUGUAGCUGCUGUCACCUGCUCCCUUCAUUGCAGCCAAUGUGCUUGGGAACAGCGGUGACAUCUGGAGCCCACGAGACCUGUAAGGUGUCUCGCUGCCCCUAAUGCUUAAAAAUCAGGUUUAAAAUGUAACCAGAGGUUUGUUGGUUUGCUUUAAAUGUUUGCUUUGCUGGCAUUGCUUCAAAGGAGCAGUUGUAGCAGCUGGGAGCGAUGCAGCAUCCCUGCUCCGAGUCUGGGCCUCUCACCCGUCUCCGAGAAACCACCCCGAGUCGGCAUGUGCCCUCGGUGCAGUGCCAGGCUGCUGCUAGGGCUUGCCAACGUGGUUUGCACCUGGAGUGGGAACGUGCCCCUUCUGCGCUUGGGUCUCUUGGAUCCAGUGGCAGCCGAGGGAGAGAAACCAGACUGGCCUCAUUUGAUCGCAGAAGACACGGGACAGAGAGCAGCGGGGCGAUGUGCUCUCGCUAGCGUGUGCGGAGGCGGGCAGGGCUCUAGCCCAGCGUCACUCGCCUGCCUCCAAAACACAGAGCGGAGGGAAGCUGGCAACAGACCUUUGAGCACCGUGGGCAGUGCCUCCGCAGGCUGGAGUCCUCUGGGCCCACGACGCUGCUCCCGUUUGCCAGAGCUGCCCUUGUCGCCAGCACGGCUCGCUGGGAUAUUUCACCCAGUCCAGUUCCAAGCAGAGCUGCUUCCUGAGGCACCCGAGGUCGCAGAGGCGGUUCUGCCCGGGGCAGCUGAGGUGCUUUGAAACCUCUAUCAAGUUCUGUUUCGAGCAUGAGGCAAAGGCAGGAUGCGAUCCCUGUAAGCCAGCGCUCCCCACCAGUCCCCCUUGGUUUAGGCACGGGGCGUUGCGGGCACAGCUGAGCUGCCUUCUGCCUCCCUCGCUCGCUCGCUGGCUCAGCCUUUCCACAGUUCUCCCUUGUACCUAAUGCUGGGGGCUGCUUCUGGCCUUUGAUCUCCAGUGCUCACCUCCAGCCUGAGGGCUGCCUCCGUUGUCCUUUCACUCACGUUUCCUGCAUCUCCCCCACCCUGAGCGUGCGCCCGGAGUGCUCCCGGCUAGGAACUGAAGGGCAGCAGGUGCCUGCUGCGAUCGGCUCGAGGCAGCCGCGUCGGCGUUAUCUCGAUGCACGCCUGCACGUACGGGGACAGGACAGGCCCGAGGACCCGAGAACAGAAGCGGGCGGUUCCCUCUCACUCGGGCGCACGGGGUCGCGCUCUGUUUUCAGGCCUGCAGCCGGAUGCAGGCAACUCCUGGAGUCUGUUCAUGGUACUUGGUAUUUUGCCGUUUACUUCAGCGUGAAGUAGCAGGUUAGCCGGCAAAAUGGUUGAAAAAUAAAUGUAUUCAAAAACCUCCUGCACCUCACCCUGCAGGGCCCAGGUGUGGUGCAGCCUCUGCUGCAUAAAGGAACGAGGAGCGUUUGGUUGUCGUGUUGGAGGUCUCGAGCUUCCUGCCUAGCUCCCCCGUUGCCCGGCCCGGCGCGAUGGCGAACCGUGCUCGUGGGGUAACGGCCUUCCCCCCUCUCCCGGCCAGCCCCGAAUCCUGCCAAUUGCUGGCAGCUCGGCAUCCUUCCCACGCACGUGUUGUGUUGAAUUCAGUUGUGCCAUGUUUAUAACUAGCGUUUUAUAUUUUUGUAUUGAAGAGAAUUGGAGCACUUUAGGAAAGUUUACUUUAGUCUGCUUCUGUUUGUGCUAGGGAAGGGAAUCUCCCGAAGGCAAGCCCCGCUGGCCUCGUGGCAGGCUGGCUCUCUCGCCCAGCUCCCAGCGCUGGAUGCUGUCUAGUCUUAGGUCUCUGCACUGCAAAGAUUUAAUGAGUAAUCGCGACGGCUGGCUCGAUGGCCCUGUGGCGAGGCGUUUUGGUGGCUUCCCCUGGUAGGAUGUAAACAUUGUACAUAGUUCCUGUACUGUUCAUAAUCCAGUAGCGACCUCGCUGUAGCCCUUAAUUUUAUUUGUAAAGUGGAUGGUUGAAUGUGAAUAUUCGGUUUGGUUGUGCACUUCUGGGGUAAUUGUAAACAUGGUCCUUGCACACAAACAGUGAUUUUUACAAUGAUUGCAGUGUUUCUCCACUGAAGAUUUCAAAGCUGCAAUAGAGCUGAAACCAGCUUCUAGCAAUAAAAAGCCCUCAAAACCUA